AUGUGCAGCGGGGCUCGUGAACAAGCCGCGGGCUGCUCUAAUGAGUCACCCACAGUCGCUGCUGGUCGGCCUGGUGUUGUUCGGGUAGAAAGGGGUUGCACCACCGCAGCAGGCAUCAUGGCCGUGGACGUGGCAGAAUACCACCUGAGUGGGGACCCCCAGGAGACCCUUGUCCUGCUGUUCCCUGAGGAUGAGCCUGUCCCCAGAAUCCACUCACUUGGGACCCUUCAUGGAACCUGUCAAACACAGCUGACCAGUCACAGCGCUGAGCCGGGAGAUGCCCCCCCAGACUCCAGACACGCCCCUGCGGGCCCGCCAGCUGAUGGAGGCCCCCAGCCAGCCCAGGGCGAGCUGAAGGAUGCAGCAGGGACCCCCCUUUCCCAGCCCCCAGCGAGGGUCCUCACUUCCACCCACAGGCCUGGUUCUCAGCCAAGACCUAGCAUGGCCCUGGUGCCCAACACAGCCACUGGGAACACAACCUUCCCCCGUCGGGCCUCUGCCCGGCUAAGUCCUCGGGUCUGGCAUGGAGGGGACCGCACGGGCCCGGAGCCGACCACCUGGCAGCAGAUCUCCCCCGAACCCUCAGCGUCCCCGUCCCCCUGCCCCCUUUUCUGCCAACCCGGGCACGGGCGCCCGUCCCUCAGCACCCGGGACCCUCCCGUGCAGGAGCCUGGCUCUGCUUUGCCCCUCUCGCGCCUGUGGCCUGCUCAGACCCCAGGCGUCUGCUCCCAUCCCCAGUCAGCCCCCAGCGACUGCUCGCCGGCCGCGGUGACCCAGCCGGAGCGGCUCAUCAAGAGCCCCCCCGGCUGGGAGGUGGGUGUCUACGCUGCAGGGGCCCUGGCGCUGCUGGGCAUCGCGGCUGUGAGCCUGUGGAAGCUCUGGACGUCGGGGAGCUUCCCCAGCCCCUCCCCGUUCCCGAAUUACGACUACAGAUACCUUCAGCAGAAGUACGGCGAGACCUACGCAGACGCCAGGCAGAAGAGAGUGCCUGCCUGGAACACCCAGCAGGCCAGCGCGCGGGGACCACCCAGCCGCAAAGGCAGCCUCAGCAUCGAAGAUGCCUUUGAGAGCAUCAGCGAGCUGGGGCCCCUGGAGCUGAUGGGCCGGGAGCUGGACCUGGCCCCCUACGGGACCCUCCGCAAGUCCCAGUCGGCCGACUCCCUGAACUCCAUCUCCUCCGUGAGCAACAACUUUGGGCAGGACUUCACGCUGGGCCAGGUGGAAGUGAACAUGGACUACGAUGCCACUUCCCACACCCUGCACGUGGCCGUGCUGCAGGGCAAGGACCUCCUGGAGCGGGAGGAAGCCAGCUUUGAGUCCUGCUUCAUGCGCGUCAGCCUGCUGCCCGAUGAGCAGAUCGUGGGCAUUUCCCGGAUUCAGAGGAAUGCCUACUCCAUCUUCUUUGAUGAGAAGUUCUCCAUCCCCCUGGAUCCCACAGCCCUGGAGGAGAAGAGCCUGCGGUUUUCUGUGUUUGGCAUUGACGAGGACGAGCGGAAUGUCAGCACGGGGGUGGUGGAGCUGAAGCUUUCUGUGCUCGACCUCCCACUGCAGCCCUUCAGCGGCUGGCUCUACUUACAGGACCAGAACAAGGCCGCCGAUGCUGUCGGGGAGAUCCUGCUCUCCCUCAGCUACCUCCCUACGGCGGAGCGCCUCACUGUGGUCGUGGUGAAGGCCAAGAAUCUCAUCUGGACCAACGACAAGACCACAGCGGACCCCUUCGUCAAGGUAUACCUGCUGCAGGAUGGGAGGAAGAUGAGCAAGAAAAAGACGGCCGUGAAGAGGGAUGACCCCAACCCGGUGUUCAACGAAGCCAUGAUCUUCUCGGUGCCAGCCAUCGUGCUCCAGGACCUGUCUCUCCGCGUGACAGUGGCUGAGAGCAGCAGCGAUGGUCGUGGAGACAACGUGGGCCACGUCAUCAUUGGGCCAUCGGCCAGCGGCAUGGGCACCACACACUGGAACCAGAUGCUGGCCACACUGCGCAGGCCCGUGUCCAUGUGGCACGCUGUCCGGCGAAACUAGCAGCCAGCGUGGGCCAGGUGGGCGGCAGAGCCGCUGGAGCCUGGCACAAACUCAGCUCUGGCCGACGCCCUCUCCAUAGCCCGCUGGAGCCAUGAACGCUGGGGUCCCCCAGCAGAGUCCUCAUGAGACAUCUCCGUCCCUUUGUCCAGAUUGGAGCGGCCGUGGCUCUAUGUCCAGCGACCCAGGGCUCUCUCCCACUGAGGACCCGCUGUGGCUGGGCCGGGACCCAGGGAGUGCGGCUGGGCACUGGCCAGUUGGGGUCCAUCUCGAGCUCCCCCCACCCUGCUCCCGCUGGGAGGCGAGCUGCCAAGGCAGGCCACCGAGUCUUGGGUACAGGCACUGGGCUAGGCACCUAGGACCGGCAGGGGUAACACAAACAGAAGCCUGCCCCCAGGACACCGGGAAAACAAGACCCCUUGCCCCAGGGGCUCCGCUCUGUGCUGACCGGUGGCCCAGCCACACAGGCUCCGGGAGGGCUCUGAGGGAGGGGGCGGCAGGGAGGGAGCUGAGCAUGUCCCAGGCAGGGGCCCGCGUGGGAAAGGAUGGGAACUUUCCGGCACAAACGCAGUCCUCAGCCCGCUGCCCUGGAUCAGGGAGGGACCUCUCUGGGCAGGAGAGACCAAGAGACCAGGCCCAGGCAGAAGCCUGCAGGCCGCGUGAACUCCACUCCCGAACCUCAGCCGUCGCGAGAACCCAGGUCCCCGCUCCGUCCAGGCCGGGUCGCUGGCGGGUGGUGGGGCGGGUGGGACACUGGCGGCAGAGGUCUUGGUGGGCCGCGGGCACCUGGAAAGAUGUAGUGGACAAGGAAGCCCCUCGGCGGGGCCUUGGAGCCGUGGCAGUGAGGAGGGACUGUCCAGGUGGCUGAGGCAUGAUGGGAACUUGGGGGGAUCAGGGAGGUUGGGUGGCUUGAGGGACAGCCCGAGAAGAUGGAAUGCCAGUCUAGGAAGGGGCGGCUCUGGAGCAUGGCCCCACCCCCCAGGACACCGGGUGUCUAGGUCAAGUUCCCUGGAAGUAAAACCUGAGCUGGGGACUCCUGGGCCCGGGCUUGUUGGGGGCGGAGCUCUCAGAGAAACUUGUCAGGGAGAGAGGGAAGCUCGGGGUGGGGGGGGCGGAAGCCAAGCACUUUGUGGCUCCAGGGACACUCGGCCUCUGCCUGAUGGCUGGGGGGCCCUGGAGUACAAGUGCCCCCCCGGGGCUGCCCAGACACAGAGGGGCUGGCCUGUUACACUCCACGGGAGUCAAUCUUUGGCUACCGCCCAGCCCCACCUGGAGUGAGGGCGCGUGCACCUUCCCAGGUGUGGCAGGCUGAGGCAGCUCUUGGCCACCAAGGGCAGUCCCAGAGGAGCAGCAGCUUCCCGCCCUCCGCAGCUGAGGCAAUGGGGCCGCCCACAGGCGAGGGCGUGGGCUCUCAGGCUGGCUUCCUGUUCCUUGGCCCUGGUCCAAGCUGCGGAGACCCAGGUCCAACCAGUUAUCCCCAGUGACAUGGGGAGUGUCUAGAACAGGGACCCAGCGAGGUCAUGGGCCUGGAGGCAGGACGGUGGCUCUCCCCACCUGACGCAGCCAUGGCCCAGCCCUGAGGCCAGCUCCCUACCCGGUGGCAGCAGGAGUGACCACAGGCCAGGAGACACACGGCCGGGCGGGCCUUCGCCGCCUGGGAGCCCCGCGGACUCCCUCACCUGGUGGCUGCGCAGUGCAGGCCAUCCGUGCCCCACCCUCUGCCCUCCACCCUCCUCUCACUGCAUGACAUGUUGACUGUGUUCCCGGGAUGGCCAUGGUGGGGACUGUGGGUGCUGACUGGAAUGAUUCUAGAACCAAAAUAAAGCUGGGGCAGGAAGAGGGGCUUCCAGGGAGCCCUGCUCAACCCCAAA